CUGAACUGCUCUACUCCGAAAUUCAAGAUUUGGAAUAAUUCUCGGAAGCAACCCUGGUUUUGAUCAAGUUUUUUGAGCAUUCGUGUGUUGUUGUUCACAACUCGUGUUUGACAAAUUACAAAGACAAAAUAGUAUUUGUAUUUGUAGCCUUACCAAUAAAACAUAAAUAGUAUUCGAAGAGAAGCGUCACAAAGAAAACUAGGAUCAUGACAUUCUCUGUGGAUUUUAACAGCAGAGAUUUGGACUUAAGCUUCUAUAUUUUCAAGCCAACUGUAGUAAUUGUAGACCAUCUUGUUCAUGAACUCCAACACUUUUCCUUACUCACUCACGAUCUUGGUUGUCUACAAGGCUCUAUAUUUAGAAGCAUACAUGGAAAUAUGAUCAUAUGGUGUGGAGCAUGGCAGAAACGGUCAAGUGAUGAAAAAGAUAAGCUAACAGCAAAUCUUCAAUCAAUGCUAACGAACGUAACAAGAAUGGCAGUGUUGGUUGAACAUAAUUUCCUUGAUGCAUAUGCUGGAGAAUCAAGAGAUGGUUCCUUAGCUGUUAAGUUCAGCACUGGUGACAUAAUUUCCAUGAACUCAGUGAUCACAACUUCUAAGGACCUUAAUGACUUGUGUUAUGCAGUCCUAGCAAUUUUUAGAUCACGUUUUUCCAAAACAGAAGGCAUAACUGCGGGGAUUUGCAUGAAAUGCCAAAGCUUCUCAAGGGUGCUAUGCAUUCAAGUGUGGCAGUCCCUACAAUUUUGUUACUCAUGGAUUCUCAACUCAGACCAUAGAAAGUGGAUGAUGCCAUAUCUUGAACGCUUCUCCACUGAGAUGAAGUAUGAUAUUUUUCGAGUGGUUUAUGUUAGCGGUGAUCAUGUACUCGAUCUUCCCUAUGAUUCUCCUCAUCGGAUGUUAGAAAAUGAAGACUGAGAACACUGCAUGUGUUGCAAGGAUUUGUAUAUAUUGUAGGUUUAUUUGUUGUAAAAUCAGUUUAAGGAUAUUGAAAACUUAACCAAACAUUACCUUAAGCUCUCUCAUAAUAUCGGUCCAAAAUAUCUAUUAGAUUUGUUAAUGGCAAAUUUCUUUUGUCUUAAACUUU